GGAGGCACCUACCCGUACUGUCACAGCGAGUGGGUCCAAUUUUAUCAGAAACUGGAUGCUUUCCUGGCAGACCUGAGGAAGGCCUCUGAUUUACUACAGCAUGCCAUCCAGGAGCUGGGUGAAGGUAGCACACCUCAGGACUCAAAGGAAGCAGAGGAAAAGAUGAACCAAUACCGGGAGCUGAUGAAGGUGGUCCUGAGUGAUUCACGCCUAGUGACGUUACAGCGAGAAGGAGGGACCACCCUGGCCAGACUGCGCAAAGAGGCUACUCGCUUCUGCUGCUCCAAGGAUGUCAGGAGUGCUGUGGAGUCCGCUGUGCAGAUGUACAAUCACCUAGAGGAACGAGUGCAUGCCUUAGUGACCAAGUCCAACCGUAGGCUGGAGCUUCUAGAGUCGCUCUUAAAGGUCAAAGAGCUGGAGGGACAAUUUGACCAGCUCACCUCUUGGAUGGAUGGAGAUGGAGACAAUCAGCUACGUGAGAUGGAUAAU